UUAAAAAAUAGCGGAAAACCUCAAUACCACGAAAUAUAUUUAAAAACAAAACAAAAAUUCAAAUACAAAUAAAUUGCUGAAACGUCAAUAAAUAGCUAAAGCAAAAUGUCAGAGGAAGUCGAUCGCAACGACCCCGAGUUGAAGUAUCUCUCGGUGGAGCGCAAUCAAUUCAACGAUCCGGCCACACAAGCGGAAUGGACACAGAAGCGCUUGGUUUGGGUGCCUCACGAGAAUCAGGGCUUCGUUGCCGCCAGUAUUAAGCGAGAACAUGGUGACGAAGUUGAAGUGGAACUGGCCGAGACAGGCAAGCGUGUCAUGAUUCUACGCGAUGACAUACAAAAGAUGAAUCCGCCAAAAUUCGACAAAGUCGAGGAUAUGGCAGAACUGACGUGUCUCAACGAGGCAUCCGUACUGCACAACAUCAAGGACAGAUAUUACUCUGGCCUGAUCUAUACAUAUUCCGGUCUUUUCUGCGUUGUGGUUAAUCCCUACAAGAAAUUACCAAUCUAUACGGAAAAGAUAAUGGAACGAUAUAAGGGUAUAAAGCGACACGAAGUGCCUCCGCAUGUAUUUGCAAUAACGGAUAGUGCCUAUAGAAACAUGUUGGGUGAUCGCGAAGACCAAUCGAUUUUGUGCACUGGAGAAUCGGGUGCUGGCAAAACGGAAAACACCAAGAAAGUCAUACAGUUUUUGGCAUAUGUGGCAGCAUCCAAGCCGAAGGGUUCCGGUGCGGUGCCGAAUCCCGCCGUCCUCAUUAACUUUUCGGUGAACACAAAUAGGUACAUUCAAGUCAAGUGUAAUGUGCAUAACAUUUUACGAGAAUGCAACCAAGUGCCGGGGCAGCACAAGUUGCACUCAAGUAGUCAUACCAUUCAAGGCGAGCUAGAGCAGCAACUGUUGCAGGCCAAUCCCAUACUGGAAGCUUUCGGCAAUGCUAAAACGGUUAAGAAUGACAACUCAUCCCGUUUCGGCAAAUUUAUACGCAUCAACUUCGACGCUUCUGGUUUUAUUUCGGGCGCCAACAUUGAGACCUAUUUGCUGGAGAAGUCGCGUGCCAUUCGUCAAGCAAAGGACGAACGUACAUUCCAUAUUUUCUAUCAGCUGCUCGCGGGUGCUUCGCCCGAACAGCGUGAGAAGUUUAUACUCGACGACAUCAAAUCGUAUUCAUUCCUGUCCAAUGGCACAUUGCCCGUGCCCGGCGUCGACGACUACGCCGAGUUCCAGGCCACUGUUAAAUCUAUGAACAUCAUGGGCAUGACCUCCGAGGAUUUCAACUCAAUAUUCCGCAUCGUCAGCGCUGUCCUAUUGUUUGGCAGCAUGAAGUUCAGACAGGAGCGCAACAAUGAUCAGGCUACUCUACCGGACAACACUGUGGCUCAGAAGAUCGCCCAUCUGUUGGGUCUGAGCGUCACGGAUAUGACGCGAGCCUUCCUCACGCCACGCAUCAAAGUCGGUCGUGAUUUCGUGACAAAAGCUCAGACCAAGGAGCAGGUAGAGUUCGCCGUUGAGGCCAUUGCCAAGGCUUGCUAUGAGCGGAUGUUCAAGUGGUUAGUGAAUCGUAUUAACCGGUCCCUGGAUCGCACCAAGCGUCAGGGUGCUUCGUUCAUUGGUAUCCUCGAUAUGGCUGGUUUUGAGAUCUUUGAGUUGAACUCCUUCGAGCAGCUGUGCAUUAACUACACGAAUGAAAAACUCCAGCAGCUGUUCAACCACACCAUGUUCAUACUUGAACAGGAGGAAUACCAGCGUGAGGGCAUCGAAUGGAAAUUCAUCGAUUUCGGGCUGGAUCUGCAGCCAACAAUUGAUCUGAUUGACAAGCCGGGCGGUAUUAUGGCGCUGCUGGACGAGGAAUGCUGGUUCCCCAAGGCCACGGAUAAGACCUUUGUCGACAAGCUCGUCUCUGCACAUUCCAUGCACCCGAAAUUCAUGAAGACGGAUUUCCGAGGCGUUGCCGAUUUCGCCAUUGUGCAUUAUGCUGGACGCGUGGACUACUCGGCUGCCAAGUGGCUGAUGAAGAACAUGGAUCCGCUCAAUGAGAACAUUGUGUCUCUGUUACAAGCCUCGCAGGAUCCGUUUGUCGUGAACAUCUGGAAGGAUGCGGAGAUAGUCGGCAUGGCACAGCAGGCACUCACUGACACUCAGUUUGGCGCCCGGACGCGCAAGGGCAUGUUCCGCACCGUGUCGCAUCUGUACAAGGAGCAGCUGGCGAAGCUGAUGGACACGUUGCGCAACACAAAUCCCAAUUUUGUGCGCUGUAUCAUACCGAAUCACGAGAAGCGCGCUGGCAAGAUCGACGCGCCUUUGGUGCUCGACCAGUUGCGAUGCAACGGCGUGCUCGAAGGUAUACGCAUCUGUCGUCAGGGCUUCCCCAAUCGCAUACCCUUCCAGGAGUUCCGUCAACGUUAUGAACUGCUCACACCGAAUGUCAUACCCAAGGGCUUUAUGGAUGGCAAGAAGGCCUGCGAGAAGAUGAUUCAAGCUUUGGAACUUGACUCAAACCUAUAUCGUGUCGGCCAAUCAAAGAUCUUCUUCCGCGCCGGCGUUCUCGCCCAUCUAGAAGAAGAGCGUGACUUCAAGAUAUCCGACUUAAUUGUCAACUUCCAGGCCUUCUGUCGCGGUUUUCUUGCACGCCGUAAUUACCAGAAACGACUCCAGCAGCUCAACGCCAUACGCAUCAUUCAGCGCAAUUGCGCUGCCUACUUGAAACUGCGCAACUGGCAGUGGUGGCGUCUGUACACUAAGGUGAAACCACUACUUGAGGUUACUAAACAGGAAGAGAAGCUAGUGCAGAAGGAAGACGAGCUUAAGCAAGUACGUGAAAAGCUCGACACACUGGCCAAAAAUACGCAGGAGUACGAGCGCAAGUAUCAGCAGGCGUUGGUGGAAAAAACGACGCUAGCGGAGCAAUUGCAAGCAGAGAUUGAGUUGUGUGCCGAAGCGGAGGAGUCGCGAUCUCGCCUAAUGGCGCGCAAACAAGAAUUGGAAGACAUGAUGCAGGAAUUAGAGACACGUAUCGAGGAGGAAGAGGAACGCGUGUUGGCCUUAGGCGGUGAGAAAAAGAAACUCGAACUACACAUUCAGGAUCUCGAGGAGCAGCUAGAAGAAGAGGAAGCAGCACGCCAGAAACUGCAGCUGGAGAAGGUUCAGCUUGAUGCCAAAAUCAAGAAACACGAAGAGGAUCUGGCUCUUACCGACGAUCAGAACCAAAAGCUACUGAAGGAGAAGAAACUGCUUGAGGAACGUGCCAAUGAUCUUUCCCAGACGCUCGCCGAAGAAGAAGAAAAGGCAAAGCACUUGGCAAAGCUAAAGGCCAAACAUGAAGCAACUAUAGCGGAACUCGAGGAACGCAUGCACAAGGAUCAGCAACAGCGUCAGGAGUCGGAUCGCAGCAAGCGCAAGAUUGAGACAGAAGUUGCUGAUCUGAAGGAGCAGCUCAACGAACGUCGCGUCCAGGUCGAAGAAAUGCAAGCACAGUUGGCCAAGCGCGAAGUCGAACUCACGCAGACCCUGAUGCGCAUCGAUGAGGAGUCGGCCACCAAAGCCACGGCACAGAAAGCACAACGAGAGCUUGAGUCGCAGCUGGCUGAAAUUCAGGAAGAUCUUGAGGCCGAGAAGGCAGCACGUGCCAAGGCCGAGAAGGUGCGACGUGAUCUGAGCGAAGAGCUUGAGGCGCUGAAGAACGAGCUCCUGGACUCCCUCGACACCACAGCUGCUCAACAAGAGCUACGCUCCAAGCGCGAACAGGAACUGGCAACGCUUAAGAAAUCGCUCGAGGACGAGACAGUCAACCACGAGGGCGUCCUAGCUGAAAUGCGACACAAGCACUCGCAGGAACUAAACGGUAUUAACGAUCAGCUUGAAAAUCUGCGCAAGGCCAAGGCUGUUCUUGAGAAGGCCAAGAGCACGCUCGAGGCCGAAAAUGCAGACUUGGCCACGGAAUUGCGCAGCGUAAACAGCUCCCGCCAGGAGAACGAUCGUCGCCGCAAGCAAGCGGAAUCGCAAAUUGCCGAGUUGCAGGUUAAGUUGGCCGAAAUAGAACGCGCGCGAUCUGAGCUGCAGGAGAAAUGCACAAAGUUGCAGCAGGAGGCUGAGAACAUAACGAAUCAACUGGAGGAGGCCGAACUGAAAGCCUCAGCUGCAGUUAAAUCCGCUAGCAAUAUGGAGUCGCAGCUCACGGAAGCCCAACAACUGCUGGAGGAAGAGACUCGCCAGAAACUGGCACUUAGCUCAAAGCUGCGCCAAAUCGAAUCCGAAAAGGAAGUACUUCAGGAACAAUUAGAAGAGGAUGAAGAGGCGAAGCGCAACUAUGAACGAAAAUUGGUCGAGGUGACGGCUCAGAUGCAAGAAAUUAAGAAGAAGGCCGAAGAGGAUGCCGACCUGGCCAAGGAGCUGGAGGAGGGCAAGAAGCGUCUAAACAAAGACAUUGAGGCACUGGAGCGUCAAGUCAAAGAGCUGAUGGCACAGAACGAUCGUCUAGACAAGAGCAAAAAGAAAAUACAAUCCGAGCUAGAAGAUGCAACCAUUGAGCUUGAGGCGCAACGCACAAAGGUGCUCGAACUGGAAAAGAAGCAGAAGAACUUCGACAAAAUACUUGCAGAGGAGAAAGCCAUAUCUGAGCAAAUUGCCCAAGAACGCGACACUGCUGAGCGGGAGGCGCGCGAAAAGGAGACGAAGGUGCUGUCGGUGUCACGGGAGCUUGAUGAGGCAUACGACAAGAUCGAAGAUCUCGAGAAUAAGCGCAAACAACUGCAGAACGAGCUUGAUGAUCUUGCCAAUACGCAAGGCACCGCCGACAAGAAUGUGCACGAGUUGGAGAAGGCAAAGCGAGCGCUUGAAUCGCAGCUGGCAGAGCUGAAAACACAAAACGAAGAGCUGGAGGAUAGUCUGCAGCUUACUGAGGAUGCCAAACUUCGACUGGAGGUCAAUAUGCAGGCGCUGCGUCUGCAAUUUGACCGAGACCUGCAGGCCAAGGAGGAACAGGCCGAGGAAAAGCGACGCGGUCUGGUCAAGCAAUUGCGCGACUUCGAGUCCGAGCUGGACGAGGAGCGUAAGCAGCGCACGGCAGCCGUGGCGGCCAAGAAAAAACUUGAGGGCGACCUGAAGGAAAUCGAGACCACCAUGGAAAUGCACAACAAGGUCAAGGAGGAUGCGUUGAAGCAUGCCAAGAAGCUGCAAGCACAAGUUAAAGAUGCCCUGCGUGAUGCCGAAGAGGCCAAGGCAGCCAAAGAAGAACUUCAGGCGCUCAGCAAAGAGGCAGAACGGAAGGUUAAGGCGCUGGAGGCCGAAGUAAUGCAGCUCACAGAGGAUCUGGCCAGCUCGGAACGAGCACGUCGCGCUGCCGAAACGGAGCGCGACGAAUUGGCCGAGGAAAUUUCCACUAAUGCCAGCAAGGGUUCGCUAAUGAUCGAUGAGAAGCGACGCCUUGAGGCGCGCAUUGCGACCCUAGAGGAGGAGCUCGAGGAAGAGCAGUCCAAUUCCGAAGUAUUGCUUGAUCGCAGCCGUAAGGCCCAACUCCAAAUAGAACAGCUGACCACUGAACUAGCCAACGAGAAGUCCAACUCGCAGAAGAACGAAAAUACACGAGCAUUGCUUGAGCGCCAAAAUAAGGAGCUGAAGGCGAAGCUCGCUGAGAUUGAAACGGCACAACGCACCAAGGUGAAGGCCACCAUCUCCUCGCUGGAGGCAAAGAUAGCCAACUUGGAGGAGCAGUUGGAGAACGAGGGCAAAGAGCGUUUGCUGCAACAGAAGGCCAAUCGCAAGAUGGAUAAGAAGAUUAAGGAGCUGACAAUGAACAUUGAGGACGAAAGAAGGCAUGUCGAUCAACAUAAGGAGCAAAUGGAUAAACUGAAUAGCCGCAUUAAACUGCUCAAGCGCAACCUUGACGAGACCGAAGAGGAGCUGCAAAAGGAGAAGACGCAGAAACGCAAAUAUCAACGUGAAUGCGAGGACAUGAUCGAAUCCCAGGAGGCCAUGAAUCGUGAGAUAAACUCGCUUAAAACGAAAUUACGACGUACCGGCGGCAUGGGCCUCAGCUCCACCCGGCUAACGGGCACACCUUCAUCGAAACGUGGUGGCGGAGGAGGCGGCGGCGGCGACGACAGCUCAUCGGUGCAAGAUGAAUCAUUAGAUGGCGAGGAUUCGGGCAAUUGACGCGUUAAUUAUUGAAUGAAAAAGCAAAUAAACGAUUAUAUUUUAAUGUUUCUUUUACAUAUAUAAUUAAUGUCUCUGUUAUUUUUUAUAUAAACUAUUAUACUUAAAUUAAAAACACAACAUAAGAUGCAUAAACUCGCUAAAAUAUCAGCCCUUCUCCAAAUACAAAGGCAACUCUUUCGAGGGCAGUUGCCGAUGAUUAUUCAACACACAUGAAACACAUGCCAGAUAAAGUGAAAAUAAAAACAAAAUUAUUAUACGACACAGAAACAAA